AUGGCCGAUGGUUGGAGGAGCAGCGACUGGUCGGGAGGAGGCUCAGGAGGCUGGAACGAUGGACGUGGCUGGCACAGCGGCAGUGAUGGCUCUCGCCGCCCGGAAAAGAAAGCCAAGGCCAAGGCCAAGGGCGGCAAAGGGCAGGUUCAGAAGGGCAAAGGGAAGCCCCAGGCAGCGCCAGUGCCAGGUGCUGAAGCGGAGGAGGAGGCAGGCGCCUGCCGGCGCAGACGCGAGGAGGAGAGGCAGCCAAUGCGUCAGGAGAUCCAGGAGUUGCGGCUGCGGAACAGCGCCCUCAGCGCAGAAAACGCUUCGAUGGCUUCCGCACGUGCCGAGUACGUGGAGGCGGUGGCAGAGGAGAGUGCGCAGAGAACUCUUCUCCGCAUGAACACCGAGAUGUUCGCCGGUCAGCACAAAAUGCUGGAGAAGGUACAGUCCGAACACUCGGCGCUGUCUGAGCAGCUGGCACAGACCGAGGCCGACGGCGACAAGAGCUUCCGGGAGCUCGAGAUGUCAAAGGCGGAGCACAGCCAGCAGAUGGAGAAGCUACAGGCCGAGCACAGGCACCAGGUGGAGGAUCUGGAGAAACGACUGAAGCUGGAGCAGGACGACUGCAGCGAGCAGAUAAAGCGCGGUCGCCAGUGGUACAACAAAUUCGAGAACCUUCAGGCAAGCAAGGAAGACCGGCUCAUCCAGGGGAAGACCGAGCUCCUGUGUGCGACGAAAGCCGAGGAGGAGGCCAUUUCUGCGCGGAGCCGCGCAGAGACCGAGAAAAGGGAGCAGGAGGAGGAGACGGAGCGCUACAGGCGUUUGGUCACGGCAAUGGAGUGGGGCAUCCGGGACGCCACGGAAGCUCAGGCUGACCUCCGCAAGGAGGUGCAGGAGGAGGCCGUGGCGGCGGCCGAAGCACAGGCGCGCUUCCCUCUUGCAUGA